GGGCGACGGGCAUCGGGCCCCCAGGAGGGGCGACGGGCAUCGGGCCCCCAGGCGGGGCGGCGGGCAUCGGGCCCCCAGGCGGAGCGGCGGGCGCCGGACCCCCAGGCGGGGCGACAGGCAUCGGGCCCCCAGGCGGCGGGGCGACAGGCAUCAAGUCAUUUGGCUCGACAGCGAGCACCGCGUCAUCUGGCAAGGCAGUGGGCUCCGAGUCAACUGACAUUGAAUCGUCUGGCUGGACAGCGGGCAUCGGGUCACCAGGCAUCAGGUCAUUUGGCUCGACAGCUGGCACCGCGUCAUCUGGCAAGGCAGUGGGCACCGGGUCACCAGGCAUUGGAUCGUCUGGCUCGACAGCGGGCAUCAGGCAUCAGGUCAUUUGCCUCGCCAGCGGGCACCGCGUCAUCUGGCAAGGCAGUGGGCACCGAGUCACCAGGUACAACAGCGGGCUCUGAGUCAAUUGGCACGACAGCGGGCACCGGGUCAUCAGGUACCGGAUUGUCUGGCUCGACCGCGGGUAUCGGGGUCACCAGGCAUCAGGUCAUUUGGCUCGCCAGCGGGCACCGCGUCAUCUGGCCAGGCAGUGGGCACCGAGUCACCAGG